ACCUGCCACAAAAGUAGAGGAAGAAAACUAGUCUUACCUUUCUUUCCACCUUAGCGAAGACAAAGGAUUGAAAAAAAUAACAUGCUUAUGUUUCCCUUAAUCAAUUUCAACUAUUAAAUAAAACUGUUGAAUCUGUAGAAUACCAUUAAAAUAAUGUUUUAUAGUUAAUAUUCACAUUUAUAUUUGAAGCUCUAAUGGAAGCUAAUGAAUGUAUUGAAGAGAAUUUGCAUGAGAUUUCCUUGGCUGCCUUUGAUAAAGUAUUUAUUCGAAUUCUAUAAAACACGGUUGUUACUCCAGUAAUUUGAUUAUGGUUUGGGGAUGCAGUUUUGAAUUUUCCUGAAUAGGGGCAGGAAUCAGGGCCUCAGCAGAGUUAAAACUACUUUGUCUUUGCACUGUCAUCUUUUUGCAGCUCCAGUUUGCAUCGGAAACGUAUUGCAACUUCCUAUUUUGAAAUUACCGGUUUUAGUAAUGUCCGUUUGAAAGCAGUCAGUUCCCCUAAUCAAAUCUUUUUAAAAAAAAUAAUGACCGCAUUAUAAGAUUCCAUCGCGGGGGACAUCCACUAGCCAUUCCUAGAAUAACUGAAACGUAUCUAACAACUUUUCAUGGUGAUCAGAGGUUAAGAACAACGUAGUGUGUGUAAAGGCAAGCCUGGAGCCGAAAUGACUUUCCUUCCCCUACCCCCUCCCUUAACUCCAGCCAUACUCCGCCUCUUUUAAACCCUUCAAACUCAGCUGGGCAUUAAUAAUCGCCGGCGCCUGGCACCGUCCGGAUGAGAAGCUGAACGGAGGAGGACGGGACAGGUGCUGCCGCCAGUCUUGUUCCGAGAACCGUUUUUAGAAGCAAAGUUCUAGCCGGCGACCGAUUUCGCUAAGCGACAGACGCGCUCCCUGAGGCUUCGGAAGCUCAGCUCCAAGUAGCAGCUGGGCUGGGCAGCGGGAGAAAGGCACCGCCUAGCGUGCCGCCGUUCUUUCCCUCCCUCCCUAGACUUUCAGCUACACGCCGGAAAAGUUGCUUUUUGCCCUCCUCGGCCGCCCCUCUCGCUUGGCGUUCUGCAGCCUUAGAAAAAGACUCGGGGCAGACAGGCGGGCGCGCGAGGUUCGGCAUCCCGCCGCGCGCCUCGACCCCUGUAGCACCGGCUACCAGACCCCAUGGAAAACCACGUGAUCAGCGGCAAGCAGCCGGGACUUAGCGGGGAGGCCGAGCGGGUCAGCACUCCAAACGGCACCGAAGCAUUUGUGACUUGCGAAGGGACCCCGGGGAUCGUUGCUGACUGCGGCGGAGAGGCAAGCAACAGCCCACUCAUGCGCCCGCGAUCGCUCCGAGCCGUGUAUGUGGUCAACGAGAAUCCGAAAGGAAGUUCUGGGGCGCGGAGUCCCGAAGUUGAGGCGUUGCUGUGCUUAGUGCGAGCUUGUGAGGCCGCCGGAGCACAGCUGACCACCGUCAACUUCGGAGAGCUGGACUUCGGCGAAACGGCUGUGCUGGACAUCUUCUACGACGCGGAUGUUGCAGUAGUGGAUAUGAGUGAUUUUUCCAGACAACCCUCCCUCUUCUACCACCUUGGGGUACGUGAAAGCUUUGACAUGGCCAAUAAUGUUAUACUUUACCAUGAUAUGGAUGCUGAUACUGCUCAGUCACUGAAGGACAUGGUAUCUCAGAAAAACACA